CAUUCCAGUUCAGCGGUCCUUGCAAUGAGGCUUCUCGUUCCAUUAUCCUUCCAACGAGUUCAACAGAGACCCACAAGAGCCAGCAACUGGCGUGAUGGCCUUACCGUAGCUGGAACAAGUCAUACUGUUGAUUCUAGCCAGCUUCUGCGUCGUGAAACUAUGUCCUUCCAUCCAAAGUCUGCACGCAAUACUCCAAACGACAGCAUUGCGCUUCCAGAAUAGCAGGACUUGUGCCCACGAAAGUAUUGUUGAAUGGAUUUAUGCGAACUGAAAUCGCACGAUUUGAGUCGAUUCAUGUAGUAGUUUCCCUGCGGGACGUUAUCCCUUCAGACCGCCGGUUCUGUACCGCCGCUGCUGAAUGGCAAUGUCUCGCAUUCUCCUACCAGAGCAGCACCUCUUCCUCGCCGUGCUCGCCUUCUUCUUCCUCGUCUCUCUCCUCCAGCUGCGCGUGACAUGGGUGGAGAAGCUGAGUGCCGUGGAGCUGCCAGCAGAGGGCUUUGCCAGCCUUGCAAAGACCGGGCAGCCAAUUGGCACGAAGCUGAGUCAGCGUGCCAUGCUGGCAUACACUGCUGCUGACAUCGCUGCUCUUCACCGCGCCAUGCAGGAAGACGCACAGCAGGUGCGGCAGCAGCUGACAGUGGGAAUGGAAGGGGUGGCCAGGGAGGUGGGGCAGCUGAGGCAGGCGAACAGCAGGGCGGCGGGGGAUGCAGCACAGGUGCUGAGGGAGGGGCAGGAGGGGCUGCAGCAGCUGCAGGCGGAGAUUCGACUGCUUAAAGCCCGCGUGCGCAGGCAGGGAGAGGAGAUUGCACAGCAGAUGGCGACCCUGACUAGACUGCAGGCACAGCACAACAGCUCUGAAGCCUCUGCUGCUGCUGCUGCUGCUAUUGCUCUUGCUCGUGCCGCUGGUGAAGGAGACAGCACCAGCAGCAGUACGGAGGGGAGGUACAAGGAGGCAUACAAUGCAGUGGCUCCCUGGUACCACCGGCCGUGGAGGAAGAGUGGGUUCACGCAGUGGAAGAUCACGGAUGAUAGACCACAGUACUGGCGGCAGCGCGUGUUCGAGAAGUACGGGGCGUAUGGCUUCGUGAAAUUCAGUGCCUACCGCAUCAAUGCACAGCGCAUAGCCAUCAUCGGCUUGGUGCCGGUGUCCAUGGGCAACAACACCCGCCUGACCAUGUGCAUGUGGCACGGGGCUGACGGUACCCGCAUUGACGGGGACCUCUCCAUGCACCUCGUGGGCAAACACCACAACUACAUUUAUGACGUGGCAGUGGUCCUGUGCACUCUCAGCAGCGCCACCAAGGCAGCAGGGGGCCACCUGGAAGUGAGGAUAGAGCAGGAGAUACUGUACCCGUACAGAGAGGAGGCGAACCAGGCAUUGGAACCCCCCUCGCCCUACCCCAUGAAUGUGGCUGCAUGUGUGUCACCAAUUCACGGAGAGGUGGACUCCAGGCGGCUACUGGAGUGGCUGCACUUCCACCGUGUGCUGCUGCCAGUCGACCGCUUCCUGCUGUAUGACGCCGGGGGGAUUGCAGGCAACGGGGCGGUGGGGGCGAGCCAUAAAGAGCUGCAGCGCGUGCUGGCGCCGAGGGUCAAGCGGGGCAUGGUGCACGUGACGUGGGGGUUCAGAGAGGUGCUGCAAUGGGACCUCUGGAACCACGGCGAGCACCUUGCCAUCCAGGACUGCAUAUACCGGACGCACAACACCGCCCGCUGGCUGCUCGUGUCCGACAUCGAGGAGUACCUCCAAAUCCCGCCGCCCCUCUCGCUGCCAACGCUGCUACAGGAGCACGAGUCCCGCCCGUGGCUCACCUUCGGCGUUACAGUAUUCAACGGCUCCUUCUGCUCCCCGCUACAGCUGCCGCCACAGGCAGGAGGGGAAGGGGAGGGGGGUGGUGAGGGUGGGGAAGGGGGUGAGGGGAAUGGGGGCGGGGAGGAAGGGGAGGAGGAGAGGAAACGGGCAGCUGCGAUGGCUGCUAAUCUGGCGAAGGCUGCUUGGGCCGUGGAAAGAAUGCGGUUCAGGUGGCCCCACCCGGUCUGCUCUGCUACAGACGUCUACAGCCCCAGUCAAUGCCUGGACGAGGAGGGCUCACGCCGCUACAUCCUGGACCCGCGCCAGGCUGUCACCGCCACAGCCAAUAGCGUUGCGUCGUCGCGCCCGGGGAUCAACCUCCCCGUGGAGACUGCCCGGCUGGCACACUUCCCUGGCAUCACCCAAUCAGGCUUCGCCAUGUGUACUCUGGGAGAGCCAACGGACACAUGGUGGGAGCGGGAGGAAGGAGUGGCUGCGCUGGGGGAGGCUGCAAGGAGAUGCCCGGCCUUGAAACCAUGGAUGAAAGGGCCGGCUGCCGAGAGGUGCAUGCCUGAGGGGAUAGCCAAGAGGUUAGGUAGCCGGCAAUAGGUGAAGAAGAGAGUUGCCGCAAUGAAACGAGCAAGCCUGUAUUCGGUAGUGGGGCCUGUUUACUGAAUAAUUUGCACAAAUCCUAGCCAUCGGAGAUUCAUUUUUGUUUUCUUACGAAAACCGAGGCAUUACCAAAAUGCUUUCCAAGGUUGUGCGAGUGAACAACACAGGUGGAGAGCAUGGUUUCGAAUUUAUGUGUAUCCUGAUUCCUAGUAUGAGAGGCUCA